CUGAAGAACAUACUCUUCAAGAGAGGAAACUCAUCAGCGUUGGCUUUUUUAUUCUGUAACUAAUUAUAUGAAGAAUUUCAUUCUUAUUCUUUGAAAAAAAAAUAUAAUAAAACCUUAGCAAAAGUUGUAUAUACCUUUAAUACCAUUUGGUUACAACGCAAUAAACACUGAGCGACGAUGACAAAAAUACAAAAGUGGCUUAUACCAUUGUCGAAGAAUUCAGAUGAUGAGAGGAUAUGAGUGAAUACAUCAUGAAGGCGGUUGUUGUAAGUUCAUCUGUGGUUGAUUAAACUUUGGAAAAUCGUGGCUUACUUGAAGGCUUGUUUAGAAGUUGUAAGUUUGUCGAAUCAUAAUCGUGGUGAUGUACGGUUUGAAUAUGUGCAAAAUAUUGUAUAUAAACGGAAGAAAACUCCCUUCUUGUAGUAAGAGACUGAAAACGCUUUCUUGAUACAAUUGAAUAUGUCGAGCAGGAAAACCCAGUUAUUUUCAGAUCCUAUGUUGGAGUACUUGGAUGAGAAACAAAAGAAUUCCUUCUUUAAGAAAACAACAAAAGCUAUUCAACAAUUAGUUUCUACUUCGAACGAAAGCGGUUUAAAAUUGAACCAGUCGAAUCCUGGUAAACUUGUACAAGGCGUAGAUAUUCAGGUACCAGAACAAUUGACUCUGUCGAAGUUUGAACAAGAAGUAUUUCCAGAAAAUGAUUUUCUUUCCCCAAUGAAGAAAGGUCAAGUGCCUGGAAAAGAGAAUAAUUCACUGACCGAAAUGCCAUUUGUGACCGGAGUAGCAUGCACAAUUAUGAGACAAGAAGACCGACUAUAUUUAAAAUGCUCAAAAGAAGCUGUAUUUCAAGAGAUUCCACUAGCCGAAAGUGUUUACGAAUUACGUGAUGACAAAGUUACUGUCUCUAGGCGUAUGGAUGUGUUUUUUAAGAAGUACAGAUCGGAUGGAUUGAGUCUUUGUAUGCAUUUUGCAACGGGUAACUUUACGAUGCCCAUCUUAGUUCGUCAUGUAUUUCUAUAUGAGUAUUACCCGAAAGAAGUCCAAGAUUCCAUUUGGCGAGCUAUGCUUGUUUACAUAUCCCGAGAGGUGAAGAAUGGUACUUACUCUAUGUUUCAGUAUCAAUGUGCUCAGAAUAAGAUUGGAAACAUACGCAUGUAUCUGGUAAGACCUGGUGAUGUUUACUGUUUUCAAAACCACUUCAAUUGGGCAGCCAUCUGUAAUAAGCGAUUUCUAUGCUAUAUGCAACUGGGUAACGAGUCAGAUGAAAAUAUUAUUAAGAGUGAGCAAAUAUGCAAGGAGUUAUUCCCUGAUGCAAUUAUUUCAAAAGAAGAUCUCGGCUGGCUCUUUUUUAUCCUAUCUUUGGGAAGCAAUGCCAAGGCUUUCCCCAUUCAUUAUUAUAUUAACUCGAUCGUUCCAGGAGCAGUUCAAGAUAAUUACGAUGAUUGUGUAUUUAUUUAUCACCCCAAUGAUUCCCUUUUAUUCCAGAAAAGUUCACAUCGACUUAAGAUGACUGAAUGGCUCAAGGAACUAAGGUCUGAUCUCAGUAUUUGUAAACAACAGCGAUUCAGGCAAAUUAAACAGAGUACCCAUAUGCAGCCUCUCUUUCAUUUAACCAAGCCUAUCGGAUGCUCUGAUAAUAUUAGCAAUUUUCACGGCUACCUGUGUACUUAGAAAGGAAACCGAGUAAUUUUUCAUUCUUUCAUUCUCUUUCUUCUGGUAUCGCCCUUAUUUAUGUUAUGCAUGUUACGUUUUAUGAUUUUUUAUUUCCCUUUUUGUUUUUGCAACGUUUAUUUUCCCCUUUAUCCUGGUUCUUUAAAUUUUUUUUCUUUUUUUUUAUUUAUGCAAUUUUUUAUGUUUGUUACACCGUUUACUUUCUUUAAAUCUAUUUUCACUUUUUUGUUUAGUGCAUUAAUU